CGAUGGCUUCACUCCAACAUGAUCUCCAUGGGAAGUUACGGGAGAUGGAGAAAUCUCUAGGCAAGAUAUCGGAGAUCGAGAAAACCCAAAAGUUCGAAUUGCAAACAUUAAUAUUGGAGCUGCUUCGCUUACUAAGCGAAAGUAGUGGUUGCCCCGUUCAACCUGGCAGUCACAUGCCGGCAAUCACCUUGACGAUGGCUUCCACUGCUGAGCCCACCCCUCGUCAAUCGGAAGUGAUGAAAUCUCUAGCCGAGCUUUCCGCCCAGCAGAAAUCCAUAAUGGAGGAGCUUCGCCUGAUACGCGCCAUUAUUGCUAGCCCCAGUCAAUCCCAAUGGACAACUCCAAACUUCACGGAGAUUUACGAAAGUCCAAGCCUUGAACCCUUUAAUCCUUACCCAAGCUUUCCCAUGGUGCCAUCAACGACAAUAAAUCAAGGGGAAGAUAGAUCUGUAUAUUUAUUUGUGUCUUUUUAUGAUGGCCAAUAUACUGAUGCAAUCUAUCAAGUGACGUUUAAACACGGAGGAGAAGUCACUCAUGAAACCCCAUUUGUUCAAGUUGAGGAUGAGUUCUCUAAUGGUUUUUACAUUCAGGGUGCAAGAAUUUUCAACCGCUCUGAAUUAUACAUCCUUCUACAGGGAGGUUAUAAUAACCCUCUCCUGGGAGACUCUUCCAAGUCAUUCGGAUACAUUAUUGACACGGAGAUUGGGUCAUAUUAUUCAUCUCUUCCUCCCAAUCUAGCCUCUAAACCAUUAGCAACUCUUGUGUCUGCGUAUGACAAGCUUUACUAUGUUGCAUCUCCAGCAUGCUUACAACCAAUUACGGAACCGUCCUUCGAGAGAUAUGAUCCUAAGCAAGACGUUUGGGAGCGAAUGCCUUCUUUUCCAUUUUAUCGUGAUGAUGUCCGGAUGGAAAUAAUUGGUUAUGCCGUUUGUUAUGGUGUUAUUUUGUUUUCAUUGUGGGACUCCGACAUGAAUCUCGAUGUCGUUGCUUUUCAUGAGAGUAGAAACCAAUGGAAUAGAGUGACUUCUGCCUCUUAUGCUCCUUUCCGAGGGAGGGCCGUGGUUGCAGGCGACACUAUCUAUGCCUUACAUGCGCUUAUGGUGGAGGAGAUUAUAGCAUUCUCCUUUAGGAUGGACAAAGGUGAUCACGGUGGCAUUGCAUAUUCCCUAAGCCCACUUUUUAUAUUGCGUGGUUUGGAGAUUGUGUGUCCGCCAGUGCCAUUUUGUGAGCUUAAUACAGGGUAUUUGGUUCAUUUGGGUAACCAUGAAUUUUUUCAUGUCAAGACUGGCAGUCCCAAUAGUGAAGCACAUCCCAAGGUUCAAUAUCUUUGUAUCACCACGUUUCAAAUUGUUGUUGAAGGAGGAAAACAUAUGAUCAGGACCAUAAAUUCAACUGUUCAUCCUGUGGAUGUCAAAGGUCGUGAUUGGUUCUUCCUUGAGUUCUGCUUCACACCUGAGUGCGGGGAUUAUGAACCCAUAGAAGGGGACAUUGUGACUAGUAUAAAUCAGCCAAAAGAAGAAGAAACCACUUUGGAGACAACUCAGGAUGAGACUUUUUCUAUGUGGGAGGUGACUCGUAGUGAGGUUCUUGCUCGCCAAUGUCAAAGGUGA